GGAAGAACAGCGUGCGGGGCAGGAGGGGCACUGAGGUGUGUGUACGGGGGGGGGCGAUGCCGAUUUACACCAGCUGGCGACUAGAACCGGUGUCAGAUCCUGCAGCGGGGAACCCGGAGCUGGGGGCGUUUCCCGCAGCCUGUUCCGAGCGCCCCCUGGCUUGCAAGGGGGGGAAUGCGGUGCUCGCUCUGCAGCCGUGUAAACGAGACCGGGGCGGCUCCAAGGCGGGGCCGGGAUCACAUGAGUGGAUGCGGCGAGGAGCGGUCACUGGGCCUGAGCGAGCCACCCGCCCUGCGGCCAUGGGGCAGGGGGAGAGCCGGGCCCCCCCGGCCCCGCUGGACCUGAACCCGCUCCCGGACGAGCUGCUGGCGCUGAUCCUGAGCUGGGUCCCGGGCCGCGCCCUGGUGACCCGCUGCCGGCUGGUGUGUCGCCGCUGGCGGGACCUCAUCGACGGGCCCACGGUCUGGCGGCUGCAGGGCGAGAGGCGGCCGGGCUUGGGGGCCACCCUGGCGGCCGCCCGCCUCUGCCCCCCGCCGCGGUGGAGCCGGAUCUGCCUCCUGGAGCCCUUCGGGCGCAACCUGCUGCGGAACCCCUGCGGCCAGGAUCAGUUCUGUCACUGGCUGGUGCAGUAUGGGGGCCAUGGCUGGCAGGUGGAAGAGAACCGCUGCCCAGUCGAGGGCGCCCCAGCCCAGACCUGCUUCGUCUCAUCCUUUGACUGGUGCGCCAAAUCGCAGCUCGUAGAUCUUCUAAAGGAGGGGUUGUGGGAAGAACUACUGGAUACCUACCAACCGGAAAUCUACAUCUCCGAUUGGUGGGGCGCCCGGCAAGACUGUGGCUGUGAAUACUCCAUCUGCGUAAAGCUCCUGGCUGCUAACAGAAGUACUGUAAUCGCUGAAUUCCAGGCCAACCCCGAUCCCAUACAACAGUGGAACGACCAGCAGUAUCACCAGGUGUCCUACCGGUUCAGGCAGUACGGCCGUGGAGUGCGGUAUGUGCAUUUCCUCCACAAAGGGAAGGACACUCAUUUCUGGGCAGGACACUACGGCGCACGGAUCACCAACUCCACAGUCAUGGUGAAGCUCAGCUUUGUACUGGGCGGCCUGGCCCAGGAGGGGCAGGCAGCCGUGCCCGAGUUCCCUGAGCAGCAGGUUGCAAGCUGCCGAGAAACCAUCCGAGGAGAUGCUGCUGCUCAGCGCAGACCGCACCAUGACCCCGCCUCCUGUCUCUACCCUGCCAAUCAGGAGGAGCAAUGCUCCCUGAGCGACAGCGGCGCCCGGCCUACCCGCCCGAGCGAGCCCAGCCGGGACCAAUCAAGAACGGUGGCGGCGCCGCUAGAGGGGGCGGAGCUUCCGUGCGACCAACCCAGAGGCGGCGCUGUCGGAACCAAUCAGAGAGUAGGAGGCGGCAAGAUGGCGGCUGCGGACCGCUUCUCCAGGGACGUGGGUAUCAAUCCUUUCCCUCUUGCCUUUGUACCAGGGAGAUGGCCUUUAACCCAAGCUCUGGGCCAGCUGGAAACCCGCACCAUGGCCACCCUCAACCAGAUGCACCGUAAGGGCAAGCCAAAGUUUCCCCCACCCAAACUUGGCCCCACCUUUGGCAACCCCCAGCUCAAGGGAGUGGUCCUCAAGACCAUGAUUCGCAAGCCCAAGAAGCCCAACUCUGCCAACAGAAAGUGUGCCCGGGUGCGGCUUAGCAACGGCAAGGAGGUGGUCUGCUUCAUUCCCGGAGAAGGUCACAACUUGCAGGAGCACAGUAUUGUGCUGGUGGAAGGUGGAAGGACACAGGACUUGCCGGGGGUGAAGCUCAAAAUAGCAGACAUGGCGGCGCCCAUGGCGCUGGGGCGGGCGCUGCGGCGGGUCCGCGCGUGGCGGGCGCUGCCGGGGCCGGGGCUGGGGCUGCGCGGCGCGGGGAGGCGGCGGAGCAGCGAGGGGGCGGCGGGGCGGAGCCGGCUGUACGAGCACGUGCGGGAAGGGAACAGCGCGCGGCCCCGCCUGGACAUGGCGGCGCUGAACGCCCGGCCCGAGCAGGCGGAGCGGGAGCUGGAGACCCGCAAGGGGCCGCUCGGGCCCCGGGACCUGCGCGAGAUCCUCUCAACGUGGAAGAGACUGGUGAAUGUGCAGGAAGAGAUUGGAAAACUUGAAACUGAGAAGGAGGAAGUCUCCAUUCAAGUGAAAUACCUCGUGGAGACCCAGGACCAGAGCACGUUGCAGGCGCUUCCCGAUUACCAGAUGCUACGGAACCGAGGGCGGGAAAUACGUCACCAGCUGAAUUCCCUGUACCAGAAGGAGCUGGAGCUGGAUGAAAAGUACUAUCUGAAGGCUCUGAAACUGCCGAACUGGACCCACCCUGAUGUGCCCGUCGGAGACGAGAGCCAAGCGAGGGUGGUGGAGGUCGUGGGAGAGAAACCAGCUUUUGAUUUCAAAGUGAAGGGGCACCUGGAAAUUGGGGAGGACCUGGAUAUCGUCAGACAAAAGCGCCUCUCUCACAUCUCAGGCCACCGCUCCUAUUAUCUCCGAGGGGCUGGAGCCAUGCUCCAGCACGCCCUCAUCCAGUUUACUGUCAGCAAGUUGGUGAAACAGGGCUUCAUUCCCAUGGCCGUUCCCGACCUGCUGCGAGGAGCCGUGUUUGAAGGCUGUGGAAUGCAGCCCAAUGCCGUCCCAUCCCCGGUGUACAACAUCGACCCGUCCCGCUUCGAGGACCUGUGCCUGGCUGGCACCUCCGAGGUCGGCAUCGCAGGCUACUUCAUGGAUCAUGCUGUGAAUCUGGAGGACAUGCCAGUCAGAACCGUGUGUUCCAGCACGUGCUACAGAACCGAGACGGACACCGGCAAGGAGCCCUGGGGGUUGUACAGAGUCCAUCAGUUCACCAAGGUGGAGAUGUUCGGGGUGACGGCGGCGGAGAGCGGGGAGGAGAGCACCACCCUGCUGGAGGAGUUCCUUGCCCUGCAGAAGGAGAUCUUCUCCGAGCUGGGCCUACACUACAAGGUCCUGGAUAUGCCCACCCAGGAGCUCGGGCUGCCUGCCUACCGGAAAUACGACAUCGAAGCCUGGAUGCCUGGCAGGGGCAAGUAUGGUGAGAUCUCCAGCACCUCCAAUUGCACUGACUACCAGAGCCGGCGCCUUAACAUCAUGUACUACGACCGGACGGGGCAGCUCCGCUACGCGCAUACGGUCAACGGCACGGCCUGCGCCAUCCCACGGGUGCUGAUCGCUCUGCUGGAGUCCAACCAGCUCCAGGAUGGCAGCGUCCGAGUCCCUGCGAUCCUGCAGCCGUUCCUGGGCGUGGAAACCAUCGUCAAACCCAGCUACGCCCCCUUGAAAUACAUCGGGCCCAACCAGCCCAGGCGCCGCUGAGCCACCUACCAGGAGCGCCAUACCGGGGACCAGCCGUCGGGGAUCCCAGCCGGACGCAGACGAGACGCACACACCCUGGCAACAUUCAGAGGGGCCUUUUCUGGCUUGUUUUCUGGCUCUGAGCCGCACCCAGGUUAUUCUCGGUGGCUUGUGACCUGUCCCUUCUCCUGCCCCCUCGAGUUGGUCUGUGGCACCUGGAUGGGGCCGAUGUGGAUGGGGUCUGAGGUGCUUCAGAAACCCCAAGAUCCCUCCGGCCCUGGAUUGCGCUGCCUGGAGCCAGACACCAGCACUGGCAAGAGGCAGGGAGCUGUUUUCUCCCCAGGACUCCUGGGUUCUUCCAUCAGUAACCCCUGGCGAGGGGGAGGAGAGAUCUGGCUUACAGGCCUUUAGGGGGGCAUGCUGGGGCCAUGGCUAGAUUCAUUUCCCCCUUAACAAUUCCCUCUCCGUGUCCUGCUCUGCGACCUCCCUGCCGAUGGAGCUGGUGGCUGACGAGAUCGAGAGCUUUUUGCCCCGCGGGCCGCCGGUUCUCAUCCGACUCAGGCCGGCACUGGCUGCGGCAUGUUUCCAUCGGCCAGCCCUUCGCAGACCCUGACGUGAAACGAGUUUGCUGGGUCUCAGCCCAGUUCCCCGGUGGAGCAGUGUCACACAGAGCAGGAUCGGCACCGAUUCUUGCCGGCUGCCUCAGCAGACAGGCAGAACGGCCAAUGGAGACUGGUCUCUCCCCUUGGCCGCAGCCAGGGUCCCCCAGGGGCUGUGGCAGCCAAGCAGGGGGACAGUGUGUUCGCCCUUGCAGCUGCCCGUGCUAUGGGGAAGGAGAGGGGGAUCCAGGCUCCCUGAUUGGUCACUGGACUGACUGCAGGGGGGCGGGAUCCCAGCCAAGAGGGUCAGAGGGGGAGAGAGAUACCUGAGUGGGGCGGCUGCCAAGGUGGGGCAUGGGCUGCCUUGAGCCGCCAAUCAAGACAAUGAGAUUGUGCCACCCAUUAAAUCUGCAAUUGAAAAAGGUU